AGCUCAUGGACCCCUCCCUGCUGCCCCAGCCCUGCCAGCAGGGAUAGGGGGAUCCAGGCAGGGUGAGCACUUCUCCACCCCAUCACGCAUCUGUUCUUCCAUCUGUGCACACACCCGCCCACCUGUCUGUCUCUGCCUCCAUCCACCCACCUACCCUGGGGGUGAUCACCAGUCCUGGGCACAGGGGCAUGCCUGUCCUUUGCCGCUGUGGUCCCGGAGCUGGUGGCCACUCUGUGCUGUGGAGUGCCAGUGCCUGAGCCAGGGGAGUGGUACCAUCUCCCAAGGGUGACAGAAGCCACGUUGCCAUGGUGCUUGGUGCCACUUUGUCCUCUUGGGGCAAUAAAGGCGCCCAUUGCCUUGGGUGCAGAGUGCAGGCACGAUAGCAGCAGGGGACAGAAGCUCACUUUCAGGAGCAGGAUCCAGACGUGCCCCAGCCCUUCACCCAAAAAUGCCAAAGCCCUUGCAGCCCCUCUCGCUCCUGGUCCUGCUCGUCCUUGCUGCCACCACCCAGGGACAGACUGACACGGGCCCCAAGGUGCUGCAGCCGUGGCUCAUUGGCCUCACGGCCGUCGUCGUCUUCCUCUUCAUCGUCUUCGUGAUACUGCUCGUUAACCGGCUCUGGAAUCUCAGGAGGCACAGGAAGGAGGACGACUACCCGGAGACCCUGGCGGCUGACAGGCUGGGGCGCUCUGGCCACGUCAACCCGGCGGCUGAGGACUGGGAUGACCUGAGCGACGACAAGCAGCAGAGCAAGGCUACGUCCCUCUGAGUCCCGCCCGUGCUCUCUGCCCGCGCCGGAGCACCUCACCCCGUCCGCGGGGCAGGGAUCUGCGC